AUGCAUCCUGCCUUGUACAAAGACGUCACAGUACCUAGAGGAUUCAAAUAUCACUACUAUUACUCUCCUGCAGUUGAUGGAAAGCCUACAUUACUCUUUCUCCAUGGCUUUCCCGCCACGUCGUAUGACUGGAGGAGACAAGUCGCUCACUUCCAACCCAAAGGAUACGGCAUCAUCGCGCCCGAUAUUCUUGGAUCAGGAGAAACAUCCGCGCCAGUCGACGUGAAUGCAUUCCGCAUGAACGAAGUUGCAGGAGAUAUAAUCCAAAUUUUGAAUACCGUGAAGGUGGAUAAAGUCAUUGGAUUUGGCCAUGACUGGGGUUCAGUUCUUCUCACUCGUCUGGCAAUACUUUACUCGGAGCGAUUCAUUUCCUUUGUCUGGAUGGCGCUUGGUUUUGUACCGCCUUACACCGAACCAUUUGAUCUGGAAGCUGCAAUGAAAUUUGCCAAAGCACUCGUAGGCUACGAGGCAUUGGCAUAUUGGGAAUUUUUGAUAUCUGAGAAAGCACCCGAACUUAUCGAAAAAAAUAUCGAAAGCUUCAACCAACUCUUAUAUCCAAAAGAAAGCCCGGGUUAUUGGUUGGAUUGGAUUGUCAAUAGAGGAAAAACGGAGGAAUGGAUAAUAAGCAACAAGCAACCCGGAAGGCCAUUGUGGCUUGCAGACGCCGAAUUCGAAAAAAUAAACCAAGAUACAGUGAAUUCCGGUAUACGUUCCUCUUUAAACUGGUACAAAGGCCAGAUGGCAAAUAUAGAUUUGGAGGAUAACAAAAAAAUUUUCGUUGAAAACUAUAAACUAAAAUCGCCGUCCUUUCUGGCAGCAGCAACGAGGGACCCUGUGUCUAUCCCUGACAUGUCAAUAGGGAAUCUAGAAAGAUUCGGUAAUAGUGUAAGGACCGUCAAGUUCGACGCUGGGCAUUGGGUUCACGUCGAGAAAUUUGAAGAAGUGAACAAGGCAGUCGAAGCUUGGUUGGAAACUCUUUAA